ACCAAGCCUGCCAUCAAAGCCACUACCUCGAGUGCGCCGCGGAAGGCAAACCGUUACGCAAACAAGCUUUACUUUCGCGCGCUCCGGCGUUGCACUAUCCUCAUAAUAUAAUCCCUUGCAACGACCCUUUAAAUUGCAUUAACCCUCGUUCAGCAAAGGCGCGUCUAUAGCAAGAAACCUUUCGACACCUGGUACAAGGGCUCCGCACACCGACCCGAAGUCGAUUGCUUCUGAAGGCAUAGGCAUGUACGCACGUCUUGGACAUAUGCCGGGGCGCUCAGCAGCUGUUCUUCUGCUGGUAGCCGCGGUUCUAUUCGCAGGUACCAACGCCGGCCUGCUCGACCCUCUGACCGGCUCUGGAUCGCAGAAGCAGCAGCAGAGCGUGCUAGACCGGAUCAAGGACGCCAAAUCCAACCUGCAAGAUAAGUUCAAUGCCGGCGCCACUUCGACCUUGCAGGACAAGAUCAAGGAUGCCGUCGCUGACCUGCAAAACCAGGUCUCCGGCACCAGCGCCACCGACCUGCAGGAUAAGCUGAACGCUGCCGCCUCUGACCUGCAAGACAAGCUGAAGGGCGCCGCCGCCGACCUGCAAGACAAGAUACAUCAACAGCAGCACGGCGACCAAGGCGGCCGCGAGCAGCACAGCGACCGAUGGAACAUCUCAUCAGCCGUUGAGGGGCUCAACCAAACGCGCAGCCAGUGGGACCGCCUGAACCGGACGCAGCCCUUCCGCAACAUCAAUUCCACCUUCUCCCGCGUCAACUCCACCCUCUCCCGCGUCAACGUCACUGAGGUCAUUGGUCGCAUCAACGCCACGCUCGCCCGCCUCAACCGCACGCACCCCGCCGACUGGGGCAACUGGACCGGCCCCGCCCACGGUGCCGCCGGCGCCGGCAACCUCAUCUGGGUCGGCGUGUUGGACCUCCUGAACCGCACCCUCUCCAACGCCACCAACCACAGCUGCUGGAACCUCACUGAUGUCUUUGACCGCCUGAACGCCACCCGCCCGCCGCCCGCCUGGGCCAACGCCACCCGCUGGAACGCCACGGACCUCAGCCACCGCCUCAACGCCACGCGGCCCCCCGGAGGCGACUCGGCCCGCGGCAACUUCUCUUGGGGCUCGGUCCUGGACCUGCUGCUCAACCAGACGCUCAGCGGCCGCAACAACACCAUCACCGACUGGCUGCAUCGGCGCAACCGCACACGCCCCUGCCUGAAUGACACCAGCCGCCCGCAGCAACGCCCGCCCCGCAACCUGAGUGAUGACGUGGCCCAGCUUAACAGCAACGCCCGCGGAACUGGUAACGGCAACGGUGAUGAGCGGCCCCGCAACGGCAGUGGCGACGGCAACGGCAACCGCCGCAAUGGGACCAAUCCCGAUGGCGGCAACCGCCGCAAUCAGACCAAACCCGACGGAGGCAGCCGCCGCAACGCGACCAACCCCGACGGAGGCAGAGGGAACGGCAACGGCAACAGCAAGGACCGCGACAACCUGGCGGCCCAGGUCGUCCGACGCCUUGACGCCACCAUCUCCGACCUCAUUGACACUCUGCAGUCCGCUCGCGCUGACCUGCGCGACGGCGCUGAGGCCCUGCGUGUCGCCGACACCGCUGCCUCCCAUCUGUCCCAGCUGCUAGCACGUGGCGCUGCUGCUGGCGAGGGUGCCUCCCUGGUUGAUGACGCCACUGACGACAGCGCCGGCGACAGCCUGCGUGACGCCCUGGACUCCCUGUCAGGCCUGUUGGGCAAUGCGUCCGUCGUCGCCGGGAACGGUGUAGCUGCCACCGGCGCCGCCUCCAAGUUUGAGGCUGAUUCGCUGCUGUCAAAGCUGAAUGAUUUGGUGAACGCCAGUCCUGUGAACAGCACCUGCGACACCGCCACUGACCUGCUAGACAAGCUGCAUCACGUGCUGGACACCGGCGGGGCGGAUGCGGUGGCGGGUGCGGUAAAGGACGCCGGCAGCGGCAUUGCAGGUGCCGUCAUGGACGCCGCCACAAGCACAGCCUCUGACGGCAGCGCUCGCGCGGCCGCCGGCGGCACGGAUGCUGGCGCCAUGAAAGGCGCGGCUGACGCCGCGAAGGAUGCAGUCACCAGCAGCGCAGCCGCUGGUUCCAUCAAGGACGCCGCCGCCCAUGGCAGCGCCGGUUCGGACGUCGUUGACACGAUCAAAGACACCCUCACCGAUGUUGGGGGCACUGUGAAGGAUGCCGCAACCACCGCCGCCGCCAGCGCGGGCGGGACCGCGGGUGAUGCUACUGACGCGGCGGCCCUGGGCGCGGCGCCUGCAUUGCUGGAUCAGAUGCAGCAAGCGCUGGACGAUGUGCUGGCUGCUGAUGGUACGGCGGUUCGUAGUGACCUUGUGGAUCCGCUGCGGGAGGCGCUGACGACCAACGGCGCUGACGGCACUGCUGGUGCGGCGGGCGCGACAGGUGAUGCAGUCAAGAACGUUGUGGCGGAGCAGGUGAAGGGCCUGUUUGGUGGCUGGGGCCGCGGUGGGCACCACCAGAGUCACUACCGGCAUCACGCGCGCCGCCACAGCUCUCGCCGCCUGAUGGCCUAGAUGGCCGCGUGUGAGUGCCAAGAGUGUUUAAGGCUGCGAGAACUUUGAUAAUGAAUGAGAUGCAGGAUGAAUUAGCAAACACAUGAACGCGUGUGUGUGCGUGCGCAGUAAUGUACGGAUGGGCCUCCAGGCCCGGUUUGCCUCCUCGAUGAUUUGCGCACGGAAAAGCAUGCUUGACUUGCCCUGCCACCGCUGCCAUGGUCUGAGUGCAGAAGUGUAAGGGCCCGCCAGCGCGCCCUGCUAUAGGGGAAUCGGAUAGUAGCAUUUCUGUUUGCAGGUGAAUUCAUAAGCUUAGGCCGGACUGUGCGAAUCCGCAGCGUUGUCUGCCAGAGACCAUGAGAUCUGAUCGUGUGCGCGCUAGACUAGGCAAGGUUGAAUGACAGGCGGGUCUGACGCUGAGCAUAAGCGCAUGGCACCGUGCUAGCAAAUGUUGAGUGCUGAUGGCGGUGUCAUCAGCUUGUCUGCACUACAAGUAGGCAGGUGGUGUGGCUGCAACACAGCCGGUUGCCACGCGCUUAGUGAGAACAGCUUUCAAUCAAUCGCGCCAACAAGCUGAAGCAACAUAGUGCGUAUAGGAAAGUGUCAAAG